UAUAAAGUUUGUAAAUAAAGUUACAAUUAUAAAAAUACAUACAAGAAAUGGAGGAAGAAAAAAAGAAUAAGAAAAUUAACGAUGAAGAAAACCUGGAAGGCCAGAGAGAUGAUCAAGUCAUGGUAAUAGAAGAAGAUUUGACUUUAUCUGAUGGAGUGACUCUGAUUGGGCAAGACAACCUGUUCUUGAAGAGUGAUUUGAAAACAACAAAUGAGAAGCUAGAUUACCACAAAUAAAUAUGUUGAAGACUCAUUUCGCUUUGAUCCCAAGUGGUUUGAUAAUAUAGAUGCGCGUCUUGAAAGAAUUGAGGCAACACAAGAUGAUAUUCUAAAAAAGGUUACUGAACGAGGAGUUGGUAUAAAAAUACUUGAUGGUAAAGUUGAUGGAGUUCUGAAAAGUGUUAGUGCCAUUGCUAGAGAUGGCAGAAAUCUUGACACAAAAGUCGCAGACCUCACCAACGGUCAACUUGAACUUCAUACUAAACUAGAAGCUCUUGAUACUAAGAUAGAAGCACUGGCCACAGCCCAAAAAGAGAUGAAUCAGAGCAUAGAUUGUAGAAUAAAUGGUUUAGAGGCAAAAAUAGACGGUCUUGCAUUAAAAAUAGACGGUUAUGCAUUAAAAAUGGGCGAAAUGCUCUCAAAGAUCUUCAAUAUAGUACAAGAGUUACAACCAGCCGCUCCCAACGAUGAAUCAAUAUAAUUUCUUAUCCUAUAUUUUCAAUUA